CUCGCGGACCUACCCCGGUGAAAAUAGUGGGCAUCCAGACCGAAGCAGCGAAACAUUUUACUGGGAAGUUCACUUUAAAGCGCCAAGUUAAACUAUUGCUCUCCAAAAUAUGUUCUCUCGGAAAGUUCUCUGGGCUGGAUCUUUCAUAUUACUACCGUGUCUCACGAUUCUAGCGGUUUCCGUCAAAGCUACCGUUCGGACGGAGAAUGAUCACUGCGAUGCUGACAGGUCGUGUUCUAUUUUGGGCGCCAACAAAAAGUACAGCGAUAAUGAAAAUGUGAGCUUGAUCGUGAUAACGGUCGCUACGGAGCGAACGGAAGGGUAUGAUCGUUUUUUGGCAUCGGCGCAUCGAGAAGGCCUCAAAGUAGAGACACUCGGCAUGGACGAAGAAUGGAGGGGUGGAGAUGUUUUAAGGGCACCAGGGGGUGGCCAUAAGGUUAAUCUUCUUCGAAAAGCAAUGGAAAAAUAUAGAGAUCGGACCGAUUUGGUGAUUAUGUUCGUUGAUAGCUAUGACGUAAUCUUCACGGGAAGUGCAACGGAAAUAUUAUCGAGGUUUUCGGAGUUCGCCGCUGGGGCAGUUUUUUCUGCGGAGGGAUUCUGUUGGCCUGACGCCUCUCUCAGUAAACAGUAUCCAGAGGCCGAAGGCAAAAAGUACCUCAAUUCAGGUGGAUUUAUUGGCUACGCGCCGGAAAUCUACAAAUUUGUUACUCAUACGUUGAUCAAGGACGAGGAUGAUGAUCAGCUAUUCUACACUAAGAUUUAUCUCGACCCGCGAAUACGAGAGUCGCUAAAUAUUCGUCUGGACAGUCGGGCACACAUUUUCCAGAAUCUCAAUGGAGCAGUGGGCGAUGUGAACCUAACUUAUGAUGGAGACUAUCCAAAAGUAAGGAAUAACGCCUACGGAACAUACCCUAUUGUGAUUCACGGAAAUGGAGCAUCAAAGGUAGCAUUGAACUCCUUAGCAAAUUACGUGGCAGGAGCUUGGAAAAACGGAGAAGGAUGCCUGGUUUGCAGCGACAGACGCGAACUUAGCGAUGAUCAAGAAAAGUUACCAAAAGUGACAGUAGGCAUUUUUAUCGAAGAAGCAACACCAUUCUUUGCCGAGUUUCUUGCCAAGUUCCUUGCUUUAGACUAUCCCAAGGCGCGUAUGUCACUUUUUAUACAUCGGGCAGGAGACUGGCACAAUGAACGGCUUCGCAUCUUUUUCAAGACUGAAGUUCAGGACUAUGCCAAGGUCGAGGUUAAAUCAAUAGACGAUCUGGCCGAAUGGAAAGCUCGCAACGCAGCUUUGCAAUCAUGUCUUGCAAAUGGAUGCGAGUAUUAUUUAAACCUUGAUUCCCUUGUCCACUUAGAGAACACAAAGGUUCUUCAACACUUGAUUGCUAAGGACCGAUUGUUCAUUGCUCCGAUGGUACUUCGGUCUGGACAGGCAUGGUCCAACUUCUGGGGUGCCUUAUCGUCUGAAGGCUAUUACGCACGCAGUCACGACUAUAUGGAGAUUGUCACAGGCGAGAAGAGAGGCAUAUGGAAUGUACCGUUUGUUAAUGAAGUGUAUUUAGUGAAGGCGUCCAUCCUCAUGAAGAACCCUCCUCUGUACGUGCAUGGCGCUUUGGAUCCAGACAUGGCGUUCUGUAGAAACCUUCGAGAUCAGGGUGUAUUUAUGUGGGUGGAUAACCUUGAAGAUUUUGGAUUUCUUAUCAACCCCGAAAACUUCGACUACACACGGACCCAUCCUGACUUUUAUGAAAUCUAUGAAAACCAGCGCGCAUGGGAACAACGCUAUAUCCAUGCGUAUUAUCAGAAUAUCUUCCGUAAUAUUUCGGGCACACUUUUACAGCCGUGUACCGAUGUUUAUUGGUUCCCGAUCGCAAGCCCGACGUUUUGCCGUCAUCUGAUCGAAAUUAUGGAAGCGUUUGGCAAAUGGUCUGAUGGAACGAAUUCGGACCCUCGCCUGGCAGGGGGAUACGAGAACGUGCCAACACGGGACAUUCAUAUGCGGCAGGUUGGCCUGGAACCCCAGUGGCUGUAUUUUUUACGCGAGUAUGUAAGACCAGUUCAGGAGCAUGUCUUUACCGGUUAUUUUCAUGACCCGCCAAAAGCGAUUAUGAAUUUUGUAGUUCGCUAUCGGCCUGAUGAACAGCCAGCUUUGAGACCUCACCAUGAUGCGUCGACGUAUACGAUUAACCUAGCCCUCAACCAGGUCGGUGUUGACUUUGAGGGCGGUGGAAGCAGAUUUAUCAGGUACAACUGUUCAGUAACUUCUUCGCCCUCAGGCUGGGCUCUCCUUCAUCCAGGUCGGCUAACCCACUACCAUGAAGGACUCCGCACAACGAAUGGUACCCGAUACAUCAUGGUGUCCUUUGUGGAUCCUUAACUGGAAGAACUUUACCAUCUAGAAGUACGGAGCCGAGACUGUCUUUGUAAAAACUCAUUUUAGCGAACGUAAGGGGUUCUAGUCCCAUUUUCGAGAAAAACACUCAUAAAGAAAACGACGUAUAUUUAUCAGCACCGAUAUAAGACAUAAGCGAGAGUAUUUUUGCCUACAUGGGCAAUAAGCAACUUGAACUCAGAUCAGCUUAGCUUCUUACCGAAAUCGUAGAUGCCUCUUGCGGUGAUCGUGAUUCAGAAGACUAACUUCUAGAAAAUGCUUUUCUUCAUUUUUGUGUACCUGUAUUAAUUUCUUGUUCUGUUCAUUUGAAUCUUCUACAUGCUGGAUAUUUACAAAGCUAAGAUUAUAUAAUAUGGGGCCAGAUUUUGACGGUGUUGUAAAUAACAAAAGGACGGAGCUGUAGCUGUCAUCAAAAUAGUGUUCGCAGGCUACAUGCAUGAAACUCAAAUCUUCAUAGAUUCUAAAGUCUGCAUUGUGAUGUUGUAUGAUAUACGACGCUAUAAGUACGCCAGUAAAUGUACACCACUUAGAAAAAGCGCACGACCUCUUUAGUUCAACCGCUACAAACCGGCCGGCAAUAAGCGCUAGAUAGAAGACUUGUAUGUAUUCCACGUCAAACAAACGACUCGCCCUGUGCCAAAGAAAUAAAGGCGGAUACUCAACACCUUUGCAAAAGUCCCGCACGGCAUACAUUAACUAAAAACGUUUUUUACAAAUUCGUUCUAUCAGUAAAAUGGUGGCUUGCUCACGCAAGUGGCCUCAUAUAACAACAAUGUUACCGUCAUUGAUGACGGUUCGAUUAUUUACCGACCGUGGGCCUCGUCAUGGAAAAAGAAGGUCACACAGCUAUACUUCAGGCCGUCGUUUAGGCAAUGUAAUUUUGAUAAGACACUUUGGCCUAGCGUUGUAGUAUGCGAGAAUCUCAUUUAAGUUGCAAUAUCUUUACUGAAGUGAUUCAAUCGGUCAUGGAUCAAGCCAGACCGUGGUGAAAUCGUUUUCUUGCUCAUUGUUAAAAUGAUUUCAUCGCAAACGUAUUAAUAUAUAUUUUGAUAAUAUCAUACAUUCUCAACACCCGCCAUAUGCAAGUACUAUACUUGCAUAUGGCGGUGGAUCUUUUUAUGGAUCUAUGCUUAUGUUUCUCUACUACACGGGUGGGCCACAGAGCGGUUUAGUUUCGAUUCGGUAUACGCCGAACUAUUGCGCCGUACACGAGAUCUGCGAAUUAAAUUUUAUUGUCACGUAAUGCCAAAAAUCAAAAUGCUUUAGAUAAAACUAACUUUGACGGUAACUUUGGUCGGUAAAUUACACGUGCCAAAUAUAUACAAUCUGUUUUCGUAAAGGUCUGUGUUUUUAUUGAGCGUACACACCAGCCAUUAAGAUAAGGCAAGGCGUAUUAAAAAUGAACCAAAAGCGUAUAAUGUGUUUUUAGAGUACCGCAUGCGAACCGAUACUGACAGAGCUACUGGUUCGAACUUGAAGAGCAUUUCAUGCAGCGUUAGUACUCGAGUAGAUAAAAUAAGCCAGAAAAUACGGUAUGAAAGACCUUCUGUAGUAAUCUUAAACCGUGUUACUUUCGGUGGGAAGCGAAGACUUUAGCAAUUCUAACUUUCUAGUACUCUCAGUAGAUAAUAACCAGUGGAUCGUAAUCAUAUUUCCAACAAAUACAUACAAAUUUUGUAACAUUCUCCUUUUAACUAAUUUGGGCAGAUGGGCAGCUACCCGUGCUAAAUAACACUAA